CCCACCCAUCACCCAUUACAACUCCAAACCAGAUUAAAAACCCUCAAACUUCUUAUAUUAAAUUUUUGGACUCUUACCACUGUAACAUUUUCUUGCCUUCCCAUCCAGUACCCAUUGCAAACUCCAAGCCACAUUUAAAACAGUCAACAAUUUCUGUUAGAUGGUCUAUUUUUCUCAUUAAUCACCACAAUCGGAUUCAUAGUCAAAGUCUAUAAGUCUGCGCAAGAAAAAAUCUCCUUAUCAACCCAAAUUCCAUCUUCCAUAUUUGCGGACGAUGUUGUACAAGCAACGCGUUGAAGAGGAGCAGGAGCAGCAACAAUGAAGGGAGUUUCAUUAUCUCGGCCAUUGACUACAAUUCAGGCCUCUUCCGCCCUCUGUCAAAAGCCGCUUGGCCAUGCGGAUACUUUUCUAUCCUGUAGGCCUCUUGGCACCAAUUCCGGAUUCAUUGGCAGAAGAAUUUUUUCAUCCCAUUUAAAAUCGAAUCCAAUUGGGCAUGUGGGUGUUGGAUAUCAACACGCGAAAAAGAGCACGGUAGUUACUAAAGCCUCUGCGACAGCUACUAAAGAAGCAGACAUUCUUGCCCCCAUCACCAUCUUCACUGCCAGUGGGCAGCCUGUAGACCUCAAAGACCUCUGGGAUCAAAAUAAUGGAAUGGCUGUGGUGGCACUUCUCAGGCAUUUUGGGUGUCCAUGCUGUUGGGAGUUGGCAUUGAAUUUGAAAGCUGUGAAACCAAAGUUUGACUCAGCAGGAGUGAAACUUAUAGCAAUUGGUGUAGGCACUCCUGACAAAGCUCGUAUUCUUGCUGAAAGGCUACCAUUCCCAUCCGAUUCUCUCUAUGCAGAUCCAGAUCGCAAGGCAUAUAAUGCUCUUGGAUUAUAUUAUGGCUUCAACCGGACAUUCUUCAAUCCUGCUAGUGUGAAUGUCUUUUCAAGGUUUGACUCCUAUCGAGAUGUUAUGAAGAAGUAUACAGUUAAAGCCACACCAGAAGAUAAAAGCAGUGUCUUGCAACAGGGUGGGAUGUAUGUUUUCAAAGGAAAGGAAUUGUUGUAUGCAAGGAAAGAUGAGGGGACUGGAGAUCAUGCUCCCCUAGAUGAUGUCCUAAAUGUUUGUUGCACAGUUCCUGUUAGCUAAACUCAAAUUGUAGUUAUCAUAAGUCAUUGAUCAUGACUUUCUGAAGUUGCUUCUCUAAACGCUGUAGAUAAAAGAAAUAAAGUUUAUAGUAGAAAUACAUACUCCAGGAGUAUAUUGUUGUUCAAGAGUAGCCAAAGUCAAUAUGUAUAUGUUUCACUUAAAUUAAUUAUGAAUUCUGUUUCUCAAAUUCAUAUUAUAGGGGCAGCAUUUUAUUCAACUUAUAUAAUCAGCUUAUUUCUCAGUUUAUAGUUC